AUGUUUCAACAAUGCGCUUCUGCACAAUUAAAUAAUUAUAACGGAGCAUCCGUUCCUCUCGAAUAUUCACAACAAAAGGUUUGCCAAUUGGUUGUUGGACUGGCGCAAUAUAAACUCGUCUCAGAGAAGAAGAGCAUUUCUGAGAUGGAACACGACUUGAUCCAUACAUGUACAAAUAGUGCAGCAUUCAAUAGAAACCAAACCAUGAUGAACAUGUGCCACGAAUUGGCCAUUUCCUUCCUCCCACACGUUCUUAGUGAAAUGAUUGCAAAUCAUUCACCCAAGACUAUUUGUCAAAAACAAGACCGAGGAUACAAAUUGGUCAUGUCACAAGUGAAGGAUGAGAAUAGAACCAAGUAUAUUUGCAACGUGUGUCAAUUGAUUGUUUAUGAAGUUGAAUUAUUUAUCUCUCAAAAUGAGUCCAUGUCACAACUCACUCAAAAAUUGGAGGAGGUGUGUACAACUGUCCCAACAGCCUAUCAAGCUAUCUGUAUCUACACUGUUGAACAAUACCUCCCAACAUUUAUUCAAGAAGUUGAACACGAAUUGUCUCCCUUGGUCAGUUGUCAAGAAAUUGGUUAUUGUCCAGAGGAUCCAAGUGAAAGCAAGAGAACCAGCUCACCAUCUGCCAAAAUGAAAAGAGAAAAUGCUGAGAGAAUGGCUACCAUGUUGACCUCAAUCAAGUCCAUGUUAAAUAAAUAA